UAGGGUUCGUAUGGACUCCUGGGAAUGGCGCAGCACUCGGGAUUGAUGAAGCGAUCGAAAAGGAGGAUUGGAAUCAGUCGGAGCAUGCUGCUGUGCUCGAUCUUCGCGGCGGUGUAUUUCUUGCUUGAUUGGUGGAUUCUUUCGAGCUCGGAGGUUCCACUGUCGGCUGGAGUGACUGAUUUCGAGUCGCAAUCGCGAUUUUUCAAGGAGAAGAGAAGCAAUGUAAUGUACGACCGUCUUCUUGCACUGGCGGCUCAUUCUCUCGCAGAGGCCGAUUCCAGGAGUGAGCCUCACGAUCUCUGGACAGAACCAGCUUCUGCGUGGAAACCUUGCGCUAAUGUUCGUAGAGAAAACCACACUCUGCCGCCGGCACCCGAGAACAGCACGGGAUACAUUCUAAUCAAUGCGAACGGUGGUCUCAAUCAACAGCGUGUUGCAAUAUGCAAUGCGGUUGCCAUCUCGCGUCUCUUAAAUGCUACGCUGGUGCUUCCGAGCUUUAUGCUGAGCAACGUCUGGCAGGAUGAAAGUCAGUUUGGAGACAUUUAUCAGGAGGAGUACUUCGUUAAUUAUCUGAGAGAAGACGUGUACAUAGUCAAGAGCCUACCGAUCGAAAUGCAGUCCCUGGAUUUGCAAGCAAUUGGCAGCUUUUUAUCGGAAUUAGACGUGAUGAAGGAGUCCAAGCCAGGUUUUUACAUUCAGCGAGUCCUACCGAUUCUACUGAGGAACCGAGUUGUUUAUUUUUCCGGCUUCGGAAAUAGAUUAUCAUUCGAUCCCAUUCCUUUUGAGAUACAGAGGUUGAGGUGCAGAUGCAACUUUCAUGCUUUGAGAUUUAGGCCAGAAAUACAAGCUGCUGGGGACUUGCUGGUACAGAGAAUACAUCAAAACUUUCCCGGACAAGUUCCAUCAGUGACGAGAUAUCUCGCAUUGCAUUUAAGGUUCGAGAUUGACAUGGUUGCCUAUUCCAUGUGUGACUUUGGUGGAGGAGAACCGGAAAAGCUCGAGCUUCAAGCCUACAGGGACGUUCACUUCCCAAUGAUGGCGAAGUAUCAUAAUGAAACGGAGCUAGCGAGUACUCUGAGAGAGCUGGGCCAGUGUCCCUUGUCUCCCGAGGAAGGAGCUUUAAUUCUUGCCGCUCUCGGCUUCAAGCGAGGGACUCGUGUUUUUCUAGCAGGUGCUCAAAUCUACGGUGGCCAAUCCAGACUGACUCCAUUGUCUACUUUAUAUCCGAACCUGGUGACGAAAGAAGAUUUAUUGUCCGAGAAGGAACUCUCGCCUUUUGCGAAUCAUUCAUCACAGUUAGCCGCUCUAGAUUUUAUAGCCUGCACAGCAGCGGAUGUGUUUGCAAUGACGGACUCCGGGAGUCAAUUGGCUUCUCUGGUGAGUGGCUAUAGAAUGUAUUUUGGAGGUGGGAGACUGCCGAUCAUCCGGCCAAACAAGAAGCGCUUGGUGAGUCUUUUCGCGAAGAACUCGUCGAUCCAGUGGGGAGAAUUUCGGGAGAGAGUGAGGAAGACAAUCCGAGAGAACAGAAAGGUCCACACGAGACCAACAGCGAGAAGCGUUUACAGGCACCCGCGCUGUGAAGAUUGUAUGUGCCAAGCGAAAGAGUAAAAUUUUAAACCCGAAGUAUAUUUUGGAAUCAGGAUAUUCUUUGUUUGAA